AUGGGAAAGUUAAAGGAUUUACCCAUUCCCCUUCAUGUUGGAGCAGAAGAUAUACUAAAGAUACUCAACCUUUCUGAUAUAGGCACCCUUCACCGUGAGGUCAAGUAUCUUCAAGAAGAGUACAAGAGGAAGUAUGAUGGCAAGAUCAUGGAGAUGAAGGCAGUGGAGGAGCAGCUAGCAAAGUGCAUAGAAGCACGUGAUCACUUAUAUGACAUGAUGGUGAAGGCUUUAGAGCUAGAGUGUAUAGAGGAAUGCAUUAUCCUAGAUUGUGAUGAGAUUGAAAGUGAGUUGCAGAAGGUCUUUGCUCUCGAGGAUGAUGAUGUGAGUAAUGGGCUUCGGCAAGGUGAUCAUUUAUCCCCUUCUCUUUUUAUUAUUGCGAUGGAGUAUAUGUCUAGAGGUUUGGAUCAACUUUAUAGAAGGUUUCCUAAUCUCAAUUUUCGUACUGUUGGUGGAUUUCCUAUCUCUCAUCUUAGCUUUGCAGAUGAUUUCAUUAUCUUUUCUAAUGCUUCUAUUAUAAAUGUGAAAAUUUUGUUUAAAUUUUUGGAUGAUUUCCAGGAUGCUAGUGGUCUUGCUAUUAACAGAGAUAAAAGUAAUUUUAUCACUGAGAUUCUGAUUAACAAGUUUUUCUGGGGUUCCUCUUACAACAAUUCUGGCAUUAGAUGGGCUAAAUGGUUUAAGCUUUGUGGUGUUUAUGAGGAAGGAGCUCUUGGAUGUAAAUCUAUUUCUGAUAUGGUUAAAGGUUUCUCUCAUAAGCUCUGGUUCAACUUUCGUUCUAAUAUUAGUCUUUGGUCUCAAUUCAUGUUAGCUAAGUAUUGUAAAGGUUUGCACCCAUUAAAUGCUCAGUACAAGAACAUUGAUUCUGCGGUUUGUAAAAUUAAAGAGGUAGCCGAGUUAAACAUCCAAUGGGGUCUUGGAAAUGGGGAUGUUGCUUUCUGGCAGGACGAUUGGUUGGGGUUUGCUUCCAUUGACAGAAUUUUGAAUACUGUUACUCUGGAGAAUGUUAAGGUGAAUGCUUUCUUAGUUAAUGGGGAGUGGAAUACUGACAGAUUGCGUGAGGUUAUCCCUUAUGAGGUGGUUGCUUUGAUUUUCAAAAUCCCAUUACAAUUACACGUUCAAGAUAAAAUUCUUUUUAAAAUUACUGCCAAUGUGUGGAAUCACUUCAGCACUUUGGCUGGGGUGGAUGUGACUGCUAAUCAUGGUGAUUUACAGGAUAUGCUUGCUUUAUGGUUUACUAAAGCUAGAAAUGAGUCCAAGCAUGAGGGGAUCAAAAUGGAUGAAAACCAGAUUAUUGCUAAUAUUAGGAACAAAUUGUUACAGUUAAUUUCUGUUAAUCUGAUUUCUUGCAAGAAUUUUAAACAUUGUAAUGCUUUAGCUGAUUAUCUGGGGUUAAAUGCCGCUGCUAAUGUUGAGGUGAGGAGAGUUCGUAUUAUUAAUUGGGUGAAACCCAAUUUCCCCUUUGUAAAGUUAAAUACUGAUGCUUCGGUUGGGAUCAAUUGUGUGGGUAUUGGGGGGAUUAUUCGGGAUCAUUUUCGUAAUCCUCUUGAUUUGUUUUAUGGCCCUUUGGCUGUUUGCUCUGUUAUGUCUGCUGAGCUCCUGAGUUUGAGUUAUGGGCUUGAAAGAUGCUUAAAUCUGGGGUUUCAUCAUGUUUAUAUUGAAGUUGAUGCAACUUCUAUUAUUAAUGCUAUUUCUGAGAGUAAGGAUGGCAACCCUCAUGAUUUCUACACUAUUAGAAAAAUUAAGUUAAUGAUGAGUGAACUCUCCUGCUUUAUUUCUCAUAUUUACCGUGAAGGGAAUGCUUGUGCUGAUUGGUUAGCUAAGUAUGGGGCUCAAAGUUCUAUUUUUCAGAACCUGUCUGUCAUUAAUCUGCCUUCUCCUCUUAAGGGCAUGAUUCAGUUAGAUAAAUUUUUUCUAGUCUGGAUGCGUAUUUUCUGGUACUGGGUUUUCGCACCUGAGAUGGUGUUAGGCAGCAUUCUGUUUCAGGAGUUUCAGGAGUUUUUUGUUUCUUCUUAUUUUUCCUGUUAUAUUUUCGGUGAUGAUAUGAUUGUCUGGGGUAUUUUUAAGACCUGCAAUGGUAAGGUGGACAUGCUUUUGGCGAACAACUGGGCUACGGAUGAUAUUUUGGCUAAGUGCUUUUCUUCGGUGCUCCAAAUCGUCCACAACUGCAAUCUACUCUCGGAAGUGUACGCUGAACGAGAGAACUUUUCACUUCCGAUUUUUGGGUUCUGCUGA